UCUCCUUCUCCUUCUCCUUCCAUUGUUCCUCAGAAAACCCAUUUCAUGUCUUCCUCCUCUUCAGCUUCCGACAAUGGUAAUUCAAGCGGUGGCCUCAGCUCUGUCGCCGGUAGAAGCGGCGGCGUUUUCGAGGCCCCAUCCCCAUCUCGCCCUCGUCACAGUGCCAACGACGUCUGGCCGGAACCUUUCCUCGAAUCUCUUGCCGUUCAAGUUGCCGUUGACGCUUCCUUAUCUGCAGGUCUUGUCGACGCAGCACCGGCUCUUGCCAACAUUUUCCGGGUAUGCACGAUGUGGCAGGCUGUUUCUCGUUCAGACCAUCUGUGGCAACUCCUAUCUCGCCAAGUCUGGGCAAGAACACGUUUGAUGCAUGACACAUGGCGAGAUGAGUUCAUCUACUGGCAUCGGACGGCUAGAAACUUCCAGACUCGUUCGUAUGUACACGUCACACUCAAUUUUGAUCCGUCUGAUGUGGACGAGCCGGAUAGUCUCUCUUGCCGCUGUCUCACGCUCUCUGAUCUCUAUUUAGCUGCGGGUUUCGCAGACGGAACAGUUCGUCUCUUUCUCUUGAACAGCCGUCUCCACGUCAGGACGUUACGUCCGCCUCCACGAGACCGGUUUGGACGAUUUUCCCGAGCAGUCUCGGGCAUCGUUAUCUCAGAUUCGAGAUUGGUUUUCGCCACGAUGGACGGAGACAUCCACGUGGCGGAAAUUAACGGCCUGGGUAGUCACACGCGCACAGCUUUCGUCGGAGAUAUCGUUAACGACGGCGCCUUAGUGGAUUUCACGGGCUGUGGUCGCUACUGGGUUGGGCUUUUUGCUGGUGUUCCGGGUCGGGCUUUUCACAUUUGGGAUUGUAUCAACGAAGAAACAACGUUCGUUGGUGGUUCGCUCACCGAUCCCGAAGCUGUUAUGGGAUGGCACACGUUAACGGAGCUAACGAUGUCUCUCGGCCGGCUUCGAAUCUCCGGCGGAGAAACAGCAGUGGCGUGUACACGAUGGAGAAUCAUGGUGAUUGAUCUGAGAAACCAAGGAGUGAUCAUCGGAGAGGACGAAGAGCAACGGAGAGGACUUACAGUGACGGGUUUUGAUGCUAACGAUCAGGUGUACGUUAGGAUGGAUAGUAGAGGUAACGCUAUUGUGCGCAGGGUGAGGACUCAAGAGACGGUUUGUGAGUUCCGGGUGAGUAGAGCAGCGCAGAGAAGAGUGAUGGGCUGUGUUAAUACACUGCACGCCUUAAUGUGCGCCGGAGGAGUGAUGCGCGUGUGGGACGUACAGAGAGGAGGAGAAUAUCUCUACAGUUUUAGAGAGAGAGUAGGAGAAGUUGAUGCUAUCGUUGCCAAUGAUAGACAUGUGGCCGUUGCUUCAUCUUCAUCAACGGCUGUGAGUACUAUACAUCUGUGGGAUUUCGGUGCACUGUAGCGUUCCAGAUUAUAACGUAUGGUUGAUUAAUUAAAAGAAAAAAAAGGAGAAAAAGAAUCAUUUUCUCUGAAAAAGCUAAGCCCUAAACCUAGGUGUAUAUGUAGGGUUUCUGAAUCUUAAUUUAAUUGGGAAAGUGACGGAUUGGAGAUGGUGACAGGAGGGUGAGAUUCACAAGGGAGAUUGAUUCUCUUCUACAGAGUUUGACCAAAAGUAUGUUACUGUUUUUGUCUAAAACCAAACAAAAUGGACUUUUUAUCGCUUUUUUCUGACGUUUAGGGUUAUCAUAUCAAUUCUGACGUUGUACGAGUUGUUAUUCUUCAAUUUCCAUUUGUU